AUGCGUCCCUUCCGCUUCAUCCUCCUGUUGGCUAUAUUCGUCGCUCUGCCUAUAGCCUUGACCUGCUGGUCCCUUUUCACCGCCGUCGAUAGCGCUGCCGACUCCUUCCAUGCUGGCUACAAUACAAGAUCGAGUCGCUUAAGGUCCUUGUUCUCCUUCUCAACGCCUUCUUCCCUUUUCCCCCCUUCGGCCGUCAUCAGCCUUACCAAUGACAAUUCAACCUUUUUCCUCGCUAGACCCGCUGCCUUUGGGCCAAGUCUGCCCUCUAGGGGAUUGAGUGGUCAGCUCUGGGUGGGCAAGGGUUUCGGUGAUGAUGCUCUAUUGAGGGAAGAGAGCAUUCACGUUGCUGGCUGGGAACUUGGCUGCUCGGAUGUUCCAGGCUGGGGCGAGUCGGUCCAUAAACACCUUCAGCGACUACACCCCGAUUACACAAAGAAGAAGUCUUCGGUUGUGUCCCGUGACUUGCCUGCCAGUGGUCACGCAAGUGAUGCCCUUCAAGAUGAUCCUGACCAUCUAUCUGAUGGCUCACCGGAGAUGGACGAUGGUACAGACGACUAUCUUCACCACCCGCUACAAGACUCCAAUCCUGCCACACCUGGUAGCCCCGGCGAGCCGGCGGAUGUGGGCCAGGCCGAUAAGACCAAGCAAUCAACUCAUGCUGAUAUUGAAUCCUUACAAGAGAGUGCAGCCAUUGCCGGUAAGGUUGUCAUGCUUGCCCGUGGCGGCUGUGGCUUUCUUGAGAAAGUCAAGUGGGCUCAACGUCGUGGCGGUAUUGCUCUGAUCGUGGGCGAUAAUGAACGCGGCGCUCAGCUUACAAUUAUGUACGCGAGGGGUGAUACUUCGAAUGUCACUAUUCCUGCUCUAUUUACAUCCUAUACUUCCGCUCAUCUUUUAUCCUCUCUUGUCCCUGCAGAAGACAAGGAUGAUAUCACCAUCGACGGCCAGAAGACCUCACAGCCUCCCACCGACAAGGCUCCAAUCCCUAAACCUGAUGAUAGCAAACCUAUCUUUACCUCAACAAAGACUGGCACCAGACAACCCACAAAUGUUGCUACGUCAAAUGCAGGAGGCAGUCGUGAAGAGGACGACACGACCUGGGUCAAGAACAUUCUCUCAGCCAUUGGUUUGAGUGAUAACUCUCCAUUCACACAUGGUGAAGACAGCCGAAGGCCGCCCAGCAGUGGAAACAUCGACUGGGUAUUGCUAGAAGACUGGGAUGACGAUCGGCCAGCUGACUCACUCAACAAGCCGCAGACUACCAGUGUCAACAACCGAGGUGUUCCUCCAACUCCUUCACCACGCCCCAAGACUUCCACCUCUCGCCGAGUGGAAGGCGACGAUUUUGUGAUCGGCGUUCAAGAUUGGCGAGAUGCAGAUUUGGUAGCCCCUCGACCUACACCAGGUUCAGGUGAGACUCUCGGCAAACCAAAGAAUGGCAAAGAAGCCGUAACAGAAACCGCAAACCGCGUCAAACCAUCCUCUACUCCAGGUGCCACGCUCGAAGGAGGGAGCAUUACCCCUGGUAGUGGAGAGUAUAAUCAGGAGAACUCCAAUCAGGCCAAUAGUCGUCCACAACGUGGAAACCGGCCCAAGGGUAACCCCAAGUCCGGUAAAGACGAUGAACAGCCACGAGGACAAUCUUCUGACGGUUCGUGGCUUGACUUUUUCAAGUCCGACGAGGUAGAUGAAAACGACAACAAGAGAAGACCAACUCAAGACCCAGAGCCUAGUGAUCACAAGACCAAGGGUCCAUCAAGCCGCAAAUCGAAUGAUGAAGUGCAACUCGAAGGACUGUGGGUGACACUGACCCCGACAAGUGUUUCCACCAAUCCUUUCUUUGAUACCCUACUAGUUCUCGUUGUCAGCCCGCUUGUUACGCUGACCGUCGUGUACGCUUUGCUAUUACUUCGGUCCCGGAUCCGGCGAAGGCGAUGGCGAGCACCCAAGUCUGUGGUUGAACGUCUUCCAGUCCGAACAUACCAUACUAUGACCACCACCUCAUCCACCACAUCCUCACAAAUAGCAGCGCCAGAAGCAUUUUCGCCGACCUCACCCCUUCUCAUUUCCACUUCACAGGACGUUUCGCGCCGUCCGACCAACCCCAAUCGCACUCGCUCACAGACUACUAUAGGUGUAUUUCCCAGUGCCAGUGUUGAUGGUGGUCUUUCACAAACUAUUCCAAGAAGCCCGUCAGCAGAAAAGACAACAUCCACAUCCAAAUAUACUAAGCGAAAACGCUACACUGGUCGACAAGUCGAAUGCGUGGUUUGUUUGGAAGAGUAUGUGGAUGGCGAGAGUCAAGUCAUGUCUCUGCCGUGCGGCCACGAGUUCCAUGCCGACUGCAUUACACCAUGGCUGGUCACUAGACGGCGAACAUGCCCCAUUUGCAAAGGAGAUGUAGUUCGAUCGCUUGCGAGAGCCAACUCAGCAAGAUGGGAAGCUGAUACGCUUCCAGACGAACAGACAAGCGAUGAUGUGCAGACUCGUGCUGCACAAACCACCAACGACGAGCCCAGUGCAGCCAUUCCGAUCCCCGUUCGGCCCGAAGAAGAUCGAACGGAUGAUGAUGUUGAGCAAGGCAGAGACGUAGAAACGCCACUCUUGGGAGGUUCACAGACACAUCAAAACGACCGGCAUGCGCAAUCUCUGUGGAGAAACAUCGUCAGUGCAUCUGUCAGUCGGCUCAGUGGCGACACACUCUGGCGACAGACACCUGUUGAUCGAAAUCGGUAG